AUGGUCCGUAAAUUGAAGCACCACGAGCAGAAGCUCUUGAAAAAGACCGAUCUCUACACCUACAAGUCAGACCAAGGACACCGCGCCGGUGAGAUCCAGCGAAGAUACGGAGUGACAGAUGUGGAAUACAACACCUACAAUGCCCUGUGCGGCUCACUACGGAAGAUGGCGCACAAGCUCUCACAACUAGAGCCCGAGGAUCCGACGCGUCGCAAGCUGGAGACCGCCAUGCUGGAGAAAUUGUACAGCAUUGGCGUCAUUGAGAAGAAUCGUGAGCAGGGCGGAGCUCUGUCGCAGGUGGAGCAUCUUACGGUCUCGGCGUUCUGCCGCAGGCGUUUGCCUAUUGUGAUGAUUCGGGAGCAGAAGAUGAUUCAAUACGUGGACAAGGCAAUUGAAGCAGUCGCCCAGGGUCAUGUCCGCGUCGGAACGCAAGUUGUGCAGGACCCUGCCACUCUGGUGACGCGGAACAUGGUGGACUUUGUGCAGUGGGUUCCCAACAGCAAGUUCAGAGUUGCAGGCCAGAACUAUCACGGCAAGAGGGAUGAUUUCGAUACGUUGCAAUUAUGA